AUAAACCUCAUGUCCUCGCAUUUCCUGUCAUAGAACUUUCUUGCUGCAGCAUCAUGGCGCGCCACAACGGGAUGAUGCUCUCCUAUGGGCCGUCCAUCCUCCAGCGCAUCCGGGCCCUUUCCGACCACUACCUGCGCACAUUCGGCAUUCAUUGCGCAACACACCAGAUCCGCCUCAUCAUCAUUUCUGGUCUCGUCAUCACCUCGCUCACCUACCCCGCCCUCGCCACCUACUUCGCCCACCCCUCCUACUCCCGCCUCGUCGCCAGCUCAACCCAGGGCACCCUCGACUCCUUCCUGCAGGACCACCUCAACGGCUCUGCUUACGCCCAGCGCGACCUCGCCGACUUCUGGCACGCCCACCCCUCAUCCAUCCACAUCCGCGACGACGAGCUCUCCCGCGCCCGCUGCGGCAACGACAGAACCCUCCGCGUCGAGCGCGUCUUCGUCCGCACCGACUCCGCAGACGAUGCCGGCGCCUUGUCCACAGCGACCCUCCUCUCCACGCUGCGGCUCGAGCAGCACCUCAUGCGCAACAUCCACGAUAGACGCCUGCCCUGCCUCCGCACCGGCCCCGCCCGCGACGCGCAGUGCUUCCUCCUCAGCCCGACAUACUUCUGGGACCGCGACGAGGCGACGCUGCGCGGGGACACCAACAUCUCGCGCACGCUCCGCAGCCCGCACGCGUCUGGUGUCCGCGUGGCAGACGGCGUCGUGCAUCUUACACCGCAGAUGGUCUUUGCUGGGCGCGACUCGUACGAUGAUGUUGGCGACGACGGGCAAGGGAUUGAUUUUGCGCUCUUCCUCGCGCUCACGUUUGUCUUCCCCGACUCGGACUGCUCUGACAAUGGCGGGCAUGCGGCGUGGUUGGACGUUAUCCGCGCGUCUGCGGAGGACGUUGCGAAGGACAUGGUGGAUGUGAUCGGCGAACAGGUUUCGCCCGCCCUUAUCUCACUCGAGUACGAGAACAGCCUCGGCAAGGCGCAAGGCCUCUCGACGAUCGCGCGCUUCCUGUACCCUGCGUACGCGCUCUUCCUCGCCUACGUCACCUGGUGCAUGCGCGCCAUGCACGGCGUGCACUCGCGCAUGGGUCUCACUUUCACCGCCCUCGUCGAGAUCACCGUCUCGACGAUCACGAGCCUGAGCGUGUGCGCGCUCGCGGGGUUCAAGAUCACCAUGGUGCCUUGGAGUCUGCUUCCGAUCGUGAUCAUCUUUGUCGGCGCCGAGAACAUGUUCGCACUCGUCGACGCAGUAACCAAGACCUCCGUGACCCUCCCCGUCAAAGAACGCAUCGCAGAGGGGCUCAGCCGCGCGGGCAAAUCUAACACGCUCAAAGUCGUCUUCUACAACUCCGUCCUCGGCGUCAUCGCCGCGCUCUCGGCCGGUGCGAUCCGCCAGUUCUGCGCGUUCGCGGUCGUCGUGCUCGUCGCGCACUGGUUUUUGGCGCACACGUUCUUUUUGAGUGUGCUGUCGAUUGAUAUUCAGCGGCUGGAGCUGGACGAGCUGUUGAGGCACAACACGCUCGCGCCGACGACGUCGCCCUCGUCGGCGGAUGCGCCGCCCCUGCCCUCUGGGUCUAGGGUCCGCAGACUCUCAAGACGGGCGAAGGAUCUGCUCAAGAGCCGCGCGAGCAAGAACAUAAGCUUGAUUCUUCUCCUCGCGAUCACAGCGACACUGUAUACGAUGACCCGCCCCUCUGCGAACGCGAACCCAAACAGCGCGCUCGAGAGCACUCCGCCGAGCUCGUUCCUGCGCACGGGGCUUCCCCGGCGCCCGCAUGACAGUCGUAACCACACUGCGGUCGGUCACAGCAGCAGCGGCGACGACGCCCAGGACCCAGCGUGGCGCCUCUGGAAGCUGCUCAACCCGUCCGAAGACGUGCUCGUGCAUCUGCGCGUCGAGGCGCCCACGAUCGUCGCGUUCCACCCCGGCCCCGGCGCAGGAGACGACGCCGACGCCGACGGCGCCGCCGAAGGAGCGCGGAACACGGUGCCCGAGCGCAGCCAGCAACAGCAGCAGCGCCCACGCGCGAGUGGGCGCCGCGGGCGCACGAUUCAGCUCGUGUGGUGGGUCACGAAGAUCUUUGUGCUGCCGAUGAGCGCGACCAUUGGCGCGCUGUAUGCGCUGCUGCUGUAUCUCCUCAAGGACGCGGACAGGCUCGAGAGCGCGCCGCGGAGGUCAGCGCCACUGCACCAGCGGGGUGCUGCCGCGUCCCCGGCAUCGUCGUCGUCGUCAUCCUCAUCGCGGCUGCGCCUGAACGAGGGGCUGUGCGAGAACGGCGGGGAGGACGGGUUGGAGGGCCGUGCGGCGUUCAGCACGCUGCCGCGGGCGUGCGCGAGCGAUGUGGAGAGGGUGCGGGUGAGUGGGGACGGGAGGGUGAUUGCGGCGGUGGGCAUUGCGGAUGAGGUGGUGGUGUGGAGGAGGGAUUGGCAUUUGCCGAUUAGGGUCGAUGCGGCGAGGGCGUUUGCGAGUGCGGGCGCUGCUGCUGCCUCUCAGAGCCAGAGCCAGGGUCAGGGUCAGGUUCAAGAGCAGGCGGAAGGGGCGCCGGCGCUUGCGGCGCUCGCGGUGGAUGAGGCGGGCGCGUUUUGCGCGGUGGGCACGGCCGGUGGGAUGAUUGGUGUGUGGGCGGUUAUGCGUGGUGGAAGAGGAGCGGGCGGUGGUGCGGCGCCGGGAGCUGGCAGCCCUGUUGCGAUGCUCGGUGUAGGGGCGGGGUACAAGGAGGUUGUGGAGCUCAUGUUUGUCCCGCCAUCGCUGGAGGAGCGCAAGGUCAAAGCGGGGCCCGUUUCGCAGUCGAGGCCCGGUACGCCGGCACCCGCGUUUGGAGAGGAGCCACCUGCGCUGCUCGCUGUGUAUGCGAAUGGAGAGGUCAUUUUGUGGAGGAAGGGCCGGCCGGUGCACAUCUAUGCAUCGUCUGUCGAGACUGAGCCACUGUUGACUCCGACAGCGACGAUGCCCAGUGCGAUGGGGAUACAGCAAGAUAAAGGACAGGAUGACACCGCAGCCCUAGCUUCAGCCUCGUGGGCGACGCUCGUCAAGCUGCAAGACGACAGCGUAGACCGCAUCCUAGCCGCGUUCGGACUCGCCGAUGGCUCACUCGAGCUCAUAGAGGUGUCCGCAUCACCCGACUCUUCCCCGCCAGGACCAGGUUUAGAGCCCCUGCGGUGCCAUGUACCCACCGGAAGCACCGAGGACCCGGUCGCGUGCGUGGCCACCGCUAUCAUCCCGCUCGACGACGAGCCACACGUUAUCAUCGGCACGGCGACGAUGUCGGGCGUCGUUGAGCUUUGGGACGCAUCCAUCCCAACGUCCCCGUCGGCCCAUCCCAACACCAACACCAUCUCCGUCCCCAGUACCGCCGCGUGCAUAGCCAUGUUGGACGACGCGCACGGGCGCAUUGAUCAGUUGCGUGUGUCCCCGCCGCGGCGCGACGCGUGCCGGUUCUGCGGCGCUCCCCCCGCGGACGGCGUUCUCGUUGCGCUGUCGUCGUCUUCCUCCUCGUCUUCCAUGAGCAGCGCGAGCGGUGGUGGCGGUGGUGGUGGUCCUUCGGUGCACGUGUACCGCGCACACGUCGCCCUUCAGACGCGCAGGUGCUCGUGCACGCCUACCCAGGGCCUUGGGAGCCUGAGGCCGAGGUCAUCCGCGGAGCACGGCGGGAGACAUUCGAGGCGGGAGAGCUUUGCGAAUGCUGUGUCGUCUGUGGCGGGUGCUGGGCCGAGUGGGGGGAACGGAAGUGCGGUUACGGCGGUGUCGGUGAAGGCUUCGGGUGCGCAGCACGAGUCAUCUGUACCACCGUCGCCUGGGACAUCCGCGUUUCCCGUGUCCGGGCACGGUAUCCACUCGCGUCGGGCAUCGGAGAAGGAGAAAGAGAAAGAGCGGGAUACGCUGGGGCUGGGGAACGGCCAUGCGCAUGGGCAUCGACGGUUGUCGGAGAAUAUGAUGCUCUCGCUGCCCAUUCCGAAUGUGAUCGACGAGUACGCAAUGUCAACGGCAACGGGGCGCCAGCUGGUCUCUCCGCUCGUAUCGCGGACCUCGCCGUGGCAGAGCAUCGCCGUCAUGCGCGUCCUCGAGGCACGGUGCGACCGCGGCUCGUGGGACGUCGCAGACGGCAAAGUGUUCGGCGUGCGACGCGUGCCGCGCACACGCCCGCGCGAUCCCCUAUCCAUCACCACCAAAGGCGCCAAAGACAAGGACGGCCGCUCGGACGGUGCCAGGUCCCAGACCACCGCAGCAUGGGCUGGCAUCGCGCACGCGACGCUCGACCGGUGGGAGCUCUGGGCGUACGACCCCUGCGACGGCGGCGGCGCGCUGCGGUGCUCGUCGCUCGCCGCGCUCAAGGAUGCGAGCGCGAACGCGCGCGUGCCAUCGUUCCCGUGGUCGGACUCGUCCCUCUCGUCCUCGGCGCGCGGCCGGCCGCUGCGGCUCGAUGGUGGUCUUGCGGAGAGCGAGCCGCCGCGUCUGCCGUUCACGCGUGUUGCGCCGUUUGUGGCUGCGAGCGACGCGCUCGGUGUGGCUGGGCUCGGGAACACGGUGGGGUUGUUCCAUUUCUCGUCGUCGUAGCCGGGGACUGCUCGCUGCUCGUCCGGGUGACGAACGCUGAUCUUGCUUUGCGGCCGCGGCUGCAUGAUGCCCAUGUCCGCCUCUUACGAUAUAUCUAUGGCUCUCCGCUGCUGUUUUGUAUAUGGAUCGCUUUCUUGUUACGCUACUUUACCUCUCAGCUUUCUGUUUUCAGAUAUCCCCCAAUACCGAACUGCAGGACCCCCGGAAUACACAUGCGUUCGCAGUUUAUUCGGCAUGUUAUGAUACGGCCAGGAGUCGAUGACUGCGACGAUACCGAAGGUUCGAUAAAUGUCUCAUAGUACCAACCAUACGAUAACAAUGUAAUGCCUGGAAACACAUUAAAC